ACACACUCAGACAAUUACCCUGAAUACAAUUAUGAGAGUCUAGUUCAUUAAGUGAAGUUGAAGCUCUCUUUUAAAGAAGCAAAAACUAUUGGAAAGGGUAACAGACAAUGUCAAAUGGAUUAAAAAACCACUGCCGAUCACAGUUUGGGAACCAGGUUACAUCAGAGGAGAGGGAAAGUGCCGCGAAUGAUAACAACCUAACAAAUAUACAUAAAAGAUACCCUAGUAACAUUGUGCAAAGUAGCGAAGGUAUCAUAUUACAAGGAAAUGGAGGAGCAACUCCAAACGAUGAAACCAAGGUUGAUCAAAAUCAAAAUAUAGUGAAAUCGCAAGAGCUGAAAUCGAACAAGGCCGUUGACAGUGAUGCGAAGUUAAUUGGUAUAGCUGGAGCAUGGUAUGAUGUAAAACACUUCAUUGCCAAACAUCCAGGAGGACCUAUAAUAAAGGAAUUCAUAGGGAAAGACGCAACAAGUGUCUUUAGAGCAUUCCAUGACAAUAGUGUUUUAAAACAUCGUCGACCCGUUGGUACAUAUCAGAGAUCGUUUGCUGAUCCCGCCACCAAAGCUUUCGCUGAAUUACACAUAUUCUUCAAAAACAAUGGCUUUUUUGAGUCAAAUCAAGUAUGGUUCACGGGGAAGUUUGUGUUCCUCUUUUGUAUCUACCUAUCCGUUUAUCUAAUGACUAAAUACAUUGAGAACUGGUUUAUCCUGUACACUAUCGCACCGUUUGGAUUGUUUCUUUUUUGGCAACAAGCUGGAUUCCUCAUGCACGAUUUCAUGCAUUCACACGGAACGCAAGUCCGCAAUUUGGACACGUGGAUAGGUGCAUUUUGUGGGACCGUAUGUUUUGGCGUGAGUGGCCAUUGGUGGCAAGACGAUCAUAGGGUACACCAUGGCAUGACAAAUACGGUCGACUACGAAGACGGUUUCAUGGACCCUCAAGCACACGAAGAUGUUUGGGCGCAGAAUUAUAAACUAUUUCCCUUCCACUCUGGCAAAAUCCAAAAGUUCCUCAUCAGCAUUCAACAUUUUACAUUCUUGCCUGCUAAUAUAUUUAUUGGACGUUUUGGUAUAAUGCUGGACAGCUUCAAGGAAGAGAGACGCUGGUUUGAAUGGGCACUCUGGAGUAUACACUGGCUUAUCAUGUACAUUUUACUCAACAAUUUCAGCACUUGGGGCGAGGCUAUCUUAUUUUACUACAUUUCUUCCACAAUGGAAGGCAUCCUCCACAUCCAACUACUUAUCAGUCAUUACUCUAAGCCAUUCCACGAGAAGAAGGAUAUCUGUCAGGAGACUGAAUGGUACCGAAUGCAGAUCGAGAGCAAUAUCAAUAUUGUAACACCAUGGUGGAUGGACUGGUUCCACGGGGGAUUGAACUUCCAUAUUGAGCAUCAUCUUUAUCCUAUGAUGCCCAGACACAAUUACAGAUCAGCCAGCAAGCACAUACAAGAGGUCUGUAAGAGACUGAACAUAGUGUACGAUGAAGAGGGUUGGUUUGAAGCCGUGGCAAAUACACUCAAAUCAAUGAAGAAAAUGUCCCAUCAUUACACACUUGAUCCAAGAUGAGCAUUGCAAUACGCAUACCACAUGCAUAAACAAAGUAAUGCAUUUAAAUUCAAUAAAAUCAGAAUUUACAAAUUGAUGUUUGAUAACUUUGAUUGGAAAUCAUGAACUUCAAAAGUAUAUUUGAGUUCUAGUUCAUAGGUUAAUAUGAUGUUAAACAAACGCCCAUGAUAAAUCUAAUAACAAUUACAUAACCUCAUGAACACUUUCAGACUUAAGAUAAAUAUGAUCAAUGCAAUAAGUGCACAUAUACCUAUUGAUGUAAAAUAUUUAUAUCUCAGCGAAGAACUGGAUACAUAUUACGCAAUAAAUAUUUGCUAAGAUUAUAUGCACUGGCGGGAGGAGGGGUGCCCAAAAUUUGAGUCAGAAAAAAUGUUUGGGUCCCUAAAACGGAUUUUUUGCAAAUUCAAGGCCUAAAAGGCCUGAAAAAGGCCAAAAUAUGCCCAAAAUGCCCAUUUUUUGAGGGCCUACAAAACUUUUGGCCGAAAAAAAUGUUAGGGCUCUUAAAUGUUUUUCUGGAUCUUCCAGUGAUAAGUAACAGGAGAAUAGAGUCACACGGAUCUUAAACCAC